AUUUCGGGGCCGAAUCUGCCGAUCCGCGAACCUAUUCACCCCCACAUUAUAGUUCUUCCUGUGAGGAACUGGUAAUUUCUGAAGGGGAAGUAAAUGGCUAUUUUCCUGAUCGAUUUUAUUUUCACGUAAGUUCGGUUGCUCAUUGAUAUCAUUUUGUGUGGACUUUGCUAAAGUCUACUCGGUCAGACAUUUCUUUCUAGAAACUUUGGUUUGCUCGAAUUUUCUUUUGGGGAAUUUCUAAAUGGUCGGUCUCUUAUUAUAUUAUCGAUAAACGUAAACCCGAAAAUCAAUAGAAAACAUCCUGCUUGGAGUACCAUCGGAUAGGAGCGGUAAAAAGCAUUUGAAAAGUUCGUAAACACCUGACAAUAGAUAUAAAAUCAUUCUUUUCGAUUUAGAUCUUUUUGUGUGCCGAACUUCUUGAAAACGAAUGGUCUGCUGACAAGGGAGAAAGCAAGUAUCGCGAAUGACGUCAUUGAACACAACACUCGCCUCAUCACAUCACGAGCUUGUGUUCUGCUUUUUGUUAUGAAACCAUAUUCUCUUCCCCUCAGGCGGCAUUCUACCGGCCAUGGCUGGAUUAUUCUAGCGUCGGUUAUUAUCAAAACGAGGGUAAAUAGCAACUUUCACGUCUUCUAUCCGGCUGAGUGAUAAUAUAAAAUGUCGCAAUAUCUUUACCUGCUUCUUACAUUGUGCUGAUUUCCAUACUGUUUCACACACAAGGUUUAUCUAAGCAAAAAACAAAACAUUUCCCUGACUAGUAACACUAGCCCCAACAAAUACAAUUUUCAUAGAAAAAAGUGAAUGAUCAAAUUGCAGAUAACGUUACACAUGCAAUUACAAGUCACGUCCUACCGCCACAUUUGUCACGUGACCCUAUAUCACGUGACACAGUGUAUUUGUACUGUCUGUUGCUCUGGGUAAACAGAUUGAAGGACCGUGUCUAAGGACGAGACCCUUACGAUAGAGACAAGGUUUCAAUCGGUUUUAACAUCGAGUAUACUUCGGGCGCAAAGCGUUAUAACACAAAGGAAGAUAGUCGUGGCGCUCGCCAGGGCUGCAAUAAGCCUUCGCAGCUAUGGUUUAUUGGAUACAGCGGUGGACAAGGAUAUUUUCUUUACAAUGGUCCUAUGACUCUCAAGGCGAGCUCGAUGCGCUAGAGGAUAUUUUCAAAGCGCCGGACUGGGACGAGCCUGCCCUCAAGCCCGCUCUCUCGUGUAUUCUUGCUCCCGCGCUAUGCGCCGUCUACGGGAACUCCAAGGAGUGGCUGGCAGACGAUGGAAGCAGCGAAUGUGGAGAUGACAGUUCCAAGGAGCUCUCGUGUAUUCAGGUGAAUAUUGAAUCGGUGGAGGAGGACGAGCCAACUCGAUUCUUUUUCGACGAAGACGAUGAUGAAGAUGAAUACUGCGGCUCUACGUCAUCAUCUUCCUCGCUUAGUCCCAGGCCCCGUCCUAGAUCACCCGAGCUCCUCUACCCUCCUAUCCCGACACUCACCGCGGUCAAGGAAAGGCUUCCUGUGUUUUUCAACUACAAAUACAGCUCUAUUUUCGUGUCGGGUUACGAGGCGGAGCGGCAAAGAGGCGAGAAGCGGAUGUUCAAUAAGGACGUGGCAAUGAGACUCGCGGAAAGACGGUCUUCCUAUGCCAAGAAAAGACGAGAGGUGGACCGGGACGAGUGUAUCAUUAUUGAGAAUGAGAUUGAUGAUGCUGUGGAGUCGAAACUCCGGCAGCUGCAACUCGCGGAUGAGCUUGAAAGAGAAGGGACACUCCGGCGAGCCAAGCUACUAAGGCGUUGCGCUGCCAUGGCCGAGGUACUCGCUAAGGAGCACGCAGAGUCUAUCAUUUGGCGCCAAAAGUUCGAAGAGGCGGCGGGCGCGGUAUUUGGCAACAAACAAUUUAGCUAAAAAGCGCGGGAAAAGUAGAAAGACCCGAUUGAGAGACGCACAAAGUGGGCUGUCGUGCUUUAGGCGAGAGAAGACUCCGUUGGGAUAUGAUGAUGGAAUCAACAUCGCUUUCUUUAAAUGAGAAUCCAUCCGCCGGAAAGAGAAAAGAGGAUUUAAGGAACAAUCCUCGAACUAUAGGGAGUAGGGAGACGGUGAGAGAAAUUCAUUGAUAGGACGCAACAUUUUCUGAUGAAUUUUGGGAUGAUGGGAAAAACCUCGUAUAAAGUGACACUUUGGGCUAAGCACAGAGAUCAAAUAAUACUAAAAUCCGGGAUUUCCACAGUUAAACUUGAGACUGAUAUCCCAAAACAGCGCGCGCGGUCCACAGAAUUUGGCGGGAAAAUUAAGAAAAGUGCAAAUCCACAAAAGAUCAAUCAAAAUGAUUACCAUGUGGGAAAAAAUUGGGAGAUACUUAACAGCUUAAGUACUUUAAGUAGAAAAGCUGGAACCGACGACAGAAAGAAACACUUUCAAAUCGAAAAGGAAAACGAAAAGGUUUUUUUUAACAUUUUCCCAGUUAGCAUUUCGCGGUAUCAUUAUUAUUUAAAUUCUAAUGCACUUUUAUUAGUAUUUUAUAGAACACCUAAAAGCAGAGCAGUGUUUUGCCUGAAUAGGUCAUCAUAAUUUAGGUACAAAAAGUAAAGCCAAAGAGACGAAUGAAACACUCCAAAACGAAUAAAACAUGUUUUGCAGAUUUUUAUAAUAUUUAUAUUUAGUGUAAAUAAAGAAUUUAAAACUCGGA